AUGGCAGCUGAAUUAAAUAGUAUCUUUAACGAUCAGCAAUUGUCAGGGCUUGAUGUGAAAACAGAAAUAAGCAAUCUUUCGAUCGAAUACAAAAGGAAGAAAAAAGAGCAAUCUGGUACUGGCGCUAGUCCAUGCUCAUGGCCUUAUUUUGAUAGCAUUGACAAGCUCUUAGGUGAAAGACCUUAUAUGGACGAUUCACUCUUGACUGAUUCAAUUAAAAUCGAAGAAGAACUGGUUUUCCAAAGCAGUGACACAACUUCUACACCAGAUAUUCCUUCUAACCAAGUUUCAAAACAAGCUGACGACUCUGUUGAAGAACAACAAAAUCCCAAUGAUUCUGUCAACUCAGUUCUUGAGAAUUCGAACGAUCCUUCUAGUACAUCGACUUCAAGUUCUAUUCCGAACACAAGUUCUUCAAAAGAAACGAUGUCAAAACGGCAGAAGAAAGAUGGGCCAAAGAAAAAACGAGCGUCGGAUGCAAAAACGGAGCUUGUUCAACAGCUGGUGAAAAAUUUCGAAUGCGCGAAUGACGCCGCAGCAAGGUCAGAAAGCAAGAUGCUAGAACUUCUCGAAAAACAAACCACUCUUCAAGAGAUGAGUCUCAAUAAUCAACGCGAGUUUCGAUCUGUAUUUAAAAAUGGACAACUCGUUUCUCGUCAAUGUUUAUUGUUUGCAUUCAAUCAAAAAGCAAACAUUGAAAAACGAAAUGCGAAAAAUCGAACUCGAAUAUCAAAGAAUAUCCAAGAAUUACCGUCGUGCUCGAAACCUUCAACGCCAGUUAAUCUCAUCGAUUCACUUAGUCAACAAUUCUCUCUUGUGCUUUAUAUACACUGGGAUCAUCAAGUGAACUUCGUACAAUUGCCAAUCUGUUCGUUGUGGUGGAUUUAUAUUUUAAAUCUUUUAUUAAGUUCCCGAAAACACGACGUGAUAUUCAAUCGACAAUCGAUGGUUUCCAAGAAAAAGUUUCAAUAUCCAAUGUGUUUAGGUGCUCUCGACGGAACUCAUAUCCCAAUCAAAGCACCGAGAGGUCGAACAAUCCCAUAUUCGGAUCCGAUCGGAUCCAAUAUAGGAUUUUAUCAGAUCCUACAAGAAUUCGACGGAUCCGAUGAAAUCCUGUCGCGUUCCAAUGCAAUUCCGUUUCCAGGAAUCCGAUCGGAUUUUGUCGGAUGGUCGGAUCCAGCAUCGGAUUUUUUUACCUGGGUUGUUAUGCUGGCAACGGUUAAUUCCGACUUACUAUUCACCUACGUCAAUGUCGGUGCUCCAGGUAGAUGCAACGAUGCUUCCAUUUAUAGUCGUUGUAUCUUAUCCGAAAUUAUCGAAGAUCCAAUCUAUUCGAAAUAUUCUAUGAAGGUGAAUAAUGUUGCCAUUCAAUCGCAUCUAAUUGCCGACUCUGCUUUUGCACUGAAUAAAACAUUGCUGAAACCAUUUGCUUAUCGCGUCGACAUGCCCAAACCCCAUUCUACGUUUAAUUAUCGUCUUAGCAGGGCUCGUUGUUCGGUGGAACGAGCGUUUGGAGCUUUGAAAAACAGAUUUCGUCUUUUACACAGAAAAUUAGAAUUCGAUUUGAAGAAUACGAUCAAUAUUAUAAAGACUGCCGCAAUUCUCCGCGACAUUUGCUGUCUCAACAACGAUCAACAAGAUAUUGAUUGGGAAUUACCCGUUCAAAAAUAUAAGAAACUGUCGUGUAAAAUCCGUACAGGCCAUGGAGUAGACAUUCGUUCGGCACUAAUGAAUUAUUUUCUCGCAAAUCCUUUAUGA